UAUUUUAUGUCUUAAAAAUUGUAAAUUGUAAUACCCUCAACCACAGCUUUUUGGAGUUCCAAAUUUAACCUCCUUUCGAUUAAACUAGGGUUUUUCUCUCUCCACUUUCUCUCUCAUAAAUUUUUUGUUUUCCUCUUUAUGUCGCCGAAGAUUCCAUCAUACUAUCAUCAUCAACAAAAAUUACAAUAGAAAGAGAAAAAUUAUCAAAAACCCUAAUAAAAAUCUUCAUAUGACGGACUAAAUCUAUCGAAUUUGAUCCAUCUGAGUUGGUUGACGCUAGCGUUUUUGAUCAUUGUUCCUUCUUACAGAUCAGAUCUGCUUAAAAAUUGGCCAGAUUAUUCACUUACAAACCCUAAUUUCACCUCUUUCUUUUUUUUUUUUUUUUUACGGAUUUUUUCUUUUUUAAUUUUUUUUUUUGGAAUUUGAUAGAUCUGCUUGUUUACAUGUUGAAUUUUGAAUCUGUCGGAAGAAGACGACGAAGAAAUUUGAAAAUUCAGAAACCCUAAUUCAAUCCAGAUCGAAUUCGAACCCAGAAAAGUUUGAAGUCAGAGAAUAAUUCCCCCUAAUUUUUUCUUUUACAAUUUGAUUUUUCUUUUAAUUUUCUUAAAAAAGUAACAAAAAAAAAAAAAAAAAAUUGAAUCAAAAACAAUGAUCAAAACGGUAGUAUACCAAGGUGAUAAUCUACUGGGUGAAGUAGAGAUUUAUUUUGAGAACAACAACAACAACAUAGAAUUACUGAUGAAGGGGUUGAGGAUAAGUGAUUAUUCACAAGCAAGUGAGAGAUGUCCACCACUUGCUGUUCUUCAUACUAUUACAAAAUCAUCAGGUGGUGUUUCUUUCAAAAUGAUGGAGAAGUUGCACUAUUUUCAACAACAUCAACAACAAGAUUCCCAGAUUUUUGCAUUGCAUUCUACCUGUCUCAGAGGUAACAAGACUGCUGUGGUGCCCUUUGGUGAUCAGGAGAUCCAUUUGGUGGCAAUGCGUACUAGAAGAACGGAUGGUGUAACAGCCGCUUGUUUCUGGGGUUUCUGUGUCAUGCCAGGGUUAUAUGAAUCUUGUCUUGGGAUGUUAAAUCUUAGAUGUCUUGGUAUUGUAUUUGAUCUUGAUGAGACACUAAUCGUUGCAAAUACACUGCGUUCUUUCGAAGAUAGAAUUGAGGCCUUGCAAAGAAAAAUGGGUGUAGAAGUUGACCCGCAACGAUUGGCAGGCAUGAUAGCAGAAGUGAAGCGCUACCAAGAAGACAAGGCAAUACUUAAGCAGUAUGCUGAAACUGAUCAGGUGGUGGACAAUGGGAAAGUCUAUAAAAUUCAAGCAGAAGUUAUUCCAGCUCUUUCUGACAACCAUCAAACUGUUGUUCGCCCACUUAUUCGGUUACAGGAUAAGAACAUUGUCCUUACUCGAAUAAAUCCUCAGAUUCGUGAUACAAGUGUUCUUGUAAGAUUAAGACCUGCAUGGGAGGAUCUACGCAGCUAUCUAACUGCCAGAGGUCGUAAACGCUUUGAGGUUUAUGUUUGUACAAUGGCUGAAAGAGAUUAUGCUUUAGAAAUGUGGAGGCUUCUCGAUCCUGAAUCAAAUUUGAUAGGUGGGAGGGAACUUUUGGAUCGCAUUGUUUGUGUCAAGUCUGGAUCAAAGAAGUCGCUGUUUAAUGUUUUCCUUGGUGGAAUUUGUCAUCCCAAAAUGGCCUUGGUGAUUGAUGAUCGUCUAAAGGUGUGGGAUGAGAAAGAUCAGCCUCGGGUGCAUGUUGUUCCUGCAUUUGCUCCUUAUUAUGCACCCCAAGCUGAGGCAAGUAAUGCCAUCCCAGUUCUCUGUGUGGCUAGAAAUGUAGCUUGCAAUGUUCGAGGUGGUUUUUUCAAAGAAUUUGACGAGGGUCUCUUACAAAGGUUGUCUGAGGUUUCUUUUGAAGAUGAUCCCAAAGAUUUACCUUCCCCACCUGACGUGAGCAAUUAUAUGGUAUCAGAGGAUGAUGGAUCUGGUUCCAAUGGAAAUAAAGAACCAAUUUGUUUUGACGGGAUGGCGGAUGCAGAGGUUGAAAGAAGGCUUAAGGAAGCAGUUUUAUCCUCUUCAGCCCUGUCACUUCCAAGUGCAACUUCUUCGGUGAAUGUUAAUCUUGAUCAUAGGCUUGCAUCUUCUAUCCCGUUCACUGUUGCUCCUGCUUCCAUGACAAUUCCACAUUCUGCACCCCAAGCAUCCAUUGCACCUUAUGGUAACCUAUAUUCACAAGCAGGUCCAUUAACUAGACCUUUAGGUAAUAUUGGUCCUAAGGACCUGGGGCUGCAUAAUUCUCCCGCUCGAGAAGAAGGUGAAGUACCUGAAUCUGAGCUAGAUCCUGAUACAAGGAGACGACUGCUCAUAUUGCAGCAUGGCCAAGAUAUGAGACCAAACGAGUCUCCAUUCCCAGUAAGAACUCCUGCUCAAGCUCCUGUUGCAGCUCCAGGUUCUGUUCCGGUCCCUGGUUCAGUGCCUGUUGCAGGUCCCAGCCCAGCUCCAGUCUCUGUCUCAGUUCCAGUUCCAGGUCCAGGUCCUGUUCCUAUGUCUGGCCCUGUUCCAGGUCCUGUUCAACGGGUACAAUCACGUGGGAGCUGGUUUCAAGUUGAGGAUCACAUGAACAUGAGUCCUCUGGGCCGACCACCAGCUAAAGAGUUUUCUAUACCUCCUGAUGCUGUACAUGUUGAGAAGCAGCGGCCACCUCCCCCUUCUUUCCCACGAAAAGGGGGGAGUCCAGUUUGGCCUGAUCGUUCUUUUCCUGAAAAACAAAGACUGCUGAGAGAGGCUCCUCGCAGAGAUGACAGGUUGAGGUCAAACUUUUCAGUGCCUAGCCAUCAGUCAUUUCGAGGUGAUGAAAUCUCUUUGAGCCGAUCAGCUUCAAGCAACAAAGAUUUUGAAGUCGAAUUUGAAAAAAGCAAUACUUUGGCAGAGAGCCCUUCAGCUGCUUUACAUGACAUUGCAAUGAGGUUGGGAACCAAGGUUGAGUUUAAACCAGGGUUGGUUGCUACCCCAGAGUUGAAGUUCUCUAUGGAGGCUUAUUUUGUUGGAGAGAAAAUUGGUGAUGGGACUGGUAUAACCAGAAGGGAAGCCCAGCAAUGUUGUGCAGAAGCUGCUUUGAUGAAUUUGGCUGAUAGAUAUUUGACCCAUAUAAAGUCUGAUGCUAGCACACCACAAAGUGAUACAAGUAGGGGUCAGAGUCCAAGUGAGAUGGGAUUUGUUAGUGAUGCAAAUUCAAGAAAAGAAGAGACAGUACCUUCAUCGGAGCUCACCAGACUGGAUGACUCUAUUGUAGUUGGCUCUAAGGACCCCAUGGGCUCAGUUCCUGCUCUUAAAGAAUUGUGCAUGAGAGAGGGUCUUGAUGUGGAUUUUAAAGGUCAGUCUCCGACUUCAACUAAUCAAGUCAACAGAGAUGAAAUACACAUGGAGGUGGAAGUAAAUGGACAAGUUCUGGGCAAGGGCACAGGAUCGACAUUGGAUGAGGCGAAGAUCCAGGCCGCUGAGAUGGCUCUUGCAACUCUUAAAUCCAUGCUGGGUCAAAACACUAAGCGUCCAAGUUCUCCGCGGUUGUUGCAAGCGAUGACCAGUAAACGCCUAAAACCAGAGUACUCUCGGGUUUUAGAACAUAUGCCAUCUUCAAGAUAUCCAAGGAAUGCAUCACCUGUGCCUUGAAACCAAGAACAUACAAUGCUCUCUUUUGUGAUUACAUGGUGUGGCCAUGUACAGUAAUGCCACACCUGGCACCAGCAUUGGGUGCCUGGAUCUUGGGACCCUCUUCAUUCCCCCAAGAACCCAAAUUUUCCGAUCGGCCUUCUUUGGAUACAUAAAUUUUCAUGACAAACUCGAGUAAUUGUGUUAGUUUGAUGUCGAGUGUAUGCUUAGACUCAAAAUUAAACCAUGUUUCCUACUUGUCCAAUUUUGAGAUUUUCAAUGGUCGUAUGGAAAAAAUGCUGAAGUUUCUUCAUCAAUUCAGUGUAUAGUCUCUUGGAGAGUUGGAUAUUAUCUUUUGAGAUAGUCUCUUCACCCCAGGGCUUUGGAGGGGUAUAUACUUGACUGGUAGAACGCAUGAUGUACAGUUGAAACUCGUUGCUGUAGAAGAUUGGUUAACAAGCAUUCCUCUUGGCGUUUUUGGUCAAGGUGGCUCUUUGCUUGCAGGACGGGGAAGAUACAUAUUUUUGGCUUACAUAUACAUCUGACAAUGGUAAACUUGGCCUGGCUGAAUUUUGUUAGAAGCCAGUACAUUGACCAAUUUCAUUCUGAUGUAUCAUAAUAUGCCUUGUAUGAUAUUCAUAGCAUUAUUAUAGCUAGUAUUAGUUGCACAAUAGGAUCAUCAUAUUCUCCAAACAAAAUCUAAGAAAAAUAGUCAUUAGUUGCUGCAUUUUUUGAGCAAGAUUUGGAAGGUCGAGCUGACUUAUAAAGUCAUUACAUGCCCAUUUUCUUUCGGGCAAGUAAUGAAAUUAUUUGCCUUAUGGACUUAUA